GAGCUGUAAACAAGCAACUAAACCUGGAAAGUGCCAGAGAGGAGCUGCUCGCAGACGCAGUUUGUUCCUCAGCAUCAGUUCCCAUCAUGAGGAUGGAUCGGAUCGGUAUCGACAUUCCUGUGUACGAUCUCUCACUGAUCCGAGGGCUGUGGGAAGGACGAGUGAAAAAAUACAAACAUCGACAGAAGAAAGAAGAGGAACGAUUGGAGAAAAGUGCUCUGACCAAAAUCAAUCAGGAAUGGCAGUAUCGUAUCGCGUGCAAAAGGUUAAAGAGCGCAGAGGCCACAGCACUUCAGUGUUAUUUGGAGAGAUCGACUUUCGCAGAGCUCGACAUCCAGCCCACCGAAAAUAAAGACAGUAACACAGAAGACAAGAGAUUCAUUUUUGAGAUGAAUGGAGAUAAAUGGAGGAAGUUACCUGAGGAUCUUCAGUUUAUGACGUAUCUCAGAGAAUGGCACAUCCGAGGAACAAAGAUACCUGAGAUUCCCUCUUACAUCGAAGCGUUUUUGGAUCUGCGUGUGCUGGACAUCCCGAGGAACGGAUUUACAAAACUUCCUGUCGAGAUCGGAAAGCUGAUCAAUCUGAGGGAAUUAAUUGUCAAUUAUAAUAAACUGUUGAGCAUUCCAGCCGAACUCGGAGACUGUGAGAAUCUCGAACGAUUAGAGAUGACGGCAAACGGCAAUCUGAUAGAACUGCCCUUUGAGUUGAGAAAUCUAAAAAAACUGAAGCACUUGGACAUGUCAGAAAAUAAAUUUGCCAGUAUUCCGAUCUGUGUCCUGCGUAUGGAAAGUCUGAAGUUUUUAGAUAUCAGUAACAACAAACUCAAAGACCUGCCUGAAGACAUUGACAGGCUGGAGGCUUUAGAGACUGUGUUCCUUCACAAAAACAAACUGAAGUAUGUGCCGUUGUGCAUGGCAAACCUCAUUCAUCUGAAGAUGCUCGUCGUGAGCGCUGAUGAGCUCUACAGCAUCCCGUCCAAAUUCAUUGACAAUCCUGAUAUCAAAUUAAUCAGAUUAUAUGAAAAUCCAAUAAACGUCCAGGAUAAAGACGUGAACCAACAGGACGAUCAUGAGAAGGAGUUUAUGAAGACAUACAUCGAGACUCUUCAGGACAGAGACACUCAACCAACAUACACAACUAAAGUGUCUCUGAGCUGUCUGCUGUGAGAUCAUCAGAUCAAUAAUCAAGCUGAAUGUCAAUGAUACAGACAUCCAUCAUUCUAAAUAUCACAGAAAAUUCUCCCUUAUGUUGGAAUAAGCAUGACAUGUUUUCACUAUAUAUUUCAACAUAGUGUUUAAAAUGCUUUUUUAGUGUUCUCAUUCCGAGUACAAUGAAAACUUUGAGUUAAAUGAGUUUUAGGUAACACUGGAUUUGAUGUUAAUAUUCUGAGUUUUUGUAGCAGUAAUUGGAUUAUGUAAGAAAGGCAUCAUUUGAUUAUGGUUUAUGUUCACACGGUUACAUUUUCAGCUGCAUUUCUCAUCAUUAUUUGUAAAACAAUUUCAUAUGUUGAUCCAGAACCCAUGUGAUACAAUAUAGCACCUAAAAAUGUUUUUCUCAGAUCUCAGUUAUUUAGUUUGUGACCAAACACAUUUUGUUCUGCAGCAUUAAAAUGAAUGUUUCCUGUGAUGAUGUAAUGGGUGUCAAUAUUUGAUAGAACUGUUUUUGUAAGCAAGUCAGUGUUUUAUAACAUGUCAUAUAUUAUUAUAAUUAUUGUUAUUGAAAGAUGUUCAUAUAUAUUUGCCUUCUUGCACAAGGCAUAAAAACAAGAUGAAUGAAUCAAUGUUAAAAUAUUAAAGUGAACAUCACAAUCACGGCAUAUGAAUUUGUUUAUUGAAACACUGAACAGUUAAAAGCUCAACACACAUGUGUACCUAAUCAUAUGAAUGCUUCAUGUCACUGGAUACAUCAAUACAAUCUCUUCAGAAGGCAUCUACAUCCAAUGAGCAUCAGUAUUCAAACCAAUGUCUGCAUUGAAAUGAGGAAUGGCACGAGUUGCAGUUAUAAAGCCAAGUGCAGUUCAUUGAAAAACAUGACAAUGACUUGAGUUUAGUGCAUCUCUGACCUCAUCGAGUGAAUACACGACGAUCUACAGCAAACACACACUCAAGAACUGCUCUGAUUGCAUAUAGACAUACUCAUAACUACACUUCCUGUUUGACAUCGUUUUCAAGUAUGCAUAAUAAUUAGGUCCCCAAAAAUGGCAACUAAAAUAUUUCCUUUCUUUCUGUGCUAUUAAAAUACAUUAAUAGUGCAUCUCUCUGUGCACGAUAAAGCAGUAACUUCAGAGAUUUCAACUUGUACUUCAUGUUGGUUGUUAUUGCCUCAGUUCAUGUUAUAUGAUAUUGUGUAACAGGUUUAAACAGAUAUGAACUCUAGUGCAGUGAUUCUUAACUGAUGGCUCGUGACCGACAAAAGUGUCGCAGGUCUGUUGUGAUCUGGCCAACUAUGCUAAAAUAAGAUGAUGAAAUGAGUAAACAAAUAAUUGUGCAUAGUUAGAAUAGCAAAAUCCACCCCACAUCUUUUGUUGUUGACGUCUAAGGCUGUGAAUCCAAUCAAACUCUAAACUGAUCUGUCAAUUGGUAGAAGUUUGUCAAAUUACACAGAUGUUAACAUGGAUGAGUUGUGUGACAUGAACUCAUUCUCAAAAACUAACAACAAAACAACCCAGACGACAUAAAAAAAAAUGAGGAUAAACAUUAUUUGUGCCACCACACACACAUACACACACACUCACACACAUACACACACAAAAAAUUAAUUUUUACUAUAGAAAGUUCGAAAUUGCAAAAUGUUUUAUACUCUAAUUGAAUUUUCAGAAUUGUGCAGUUCAUUUCUGUUUCUUGAUGUUCAUUUUCUUGACAUUAUUAUGCAUUUACUUUGAGUUAUUACAUUUACGUUUGAAAUAAAUUAUUGGUUGAAAAAUG